CGCUUAGGCGUGGCGAUUGACGUUUUUCUUUUCCACCAACGAGAAAACCUUUCUUUUAGAGGACAGCCAUUUACCACGAAAGGAACUUUUUACAUCGUGGUACGAUUAUAUACUCUAAUUAUACAGUAGAUGGCAACAAUGUCUCGAGACUAUGGACACGGCUCUUUUGGAGGACCCCGUGGAGGAUCUUAUGACCCACCAUUUGGCAUGGAAGGUGGUGGCAGGUUUGGACCUUAUGAGUCUUACGACUCCAGGUCUUCAAUGGGUGGGCGAGAUCUGUACAGAUCUGGCUAUGAGUUUAGUGAACCAGAACAAAGUCGCUUCGGAGGUAGUUAUGGUGAUCGAUAUGACAACUCCUACCGGCAGAGCGUUGACUCUUUUGGAGGUAGAAACCAGGGCGGGUCUAGCUGGGACUCUUCAUUCUCCCGUUCAAAUAUGAGGCCCGGGGCUUUCGAUGAUGGAGGAAGAGACAGUUACUCUUCCUUCGGCAACUUUCCUUCACCCCAUAUGAAGCCUGCACCAGUAGGCUCUCGGGGGAGGGGACCAUCCGCUUUUCCUGAAAGCGCAUUUGGAGGCAGAAACUUUGAUGCUCUUGGAGGACCACCAGCAGGCAGAGGUCGAGGCCGUGGAUCCAUGGGGUACCCCAGUAGUAUGCGUGCUAGAGGUAUUGUUGUAGACUACAAAAAUCGUGGUCCUCAGCCUCUAGUUGGAAGAGGAGGAAUAAAAAGAAAGUUUGGACCAGCUGCUGUGGCUGCUGGUAAAAAAACAAAACUCUCUCAGGGUGGGACCGCAGCAACAAAAGCAGAAAAUGAUGAAGAGGAGGAGAAGAAGAGAAUUGAAGCCAGAAGGGAAAAACAGAGGCGCAGACGUGAGAAGAACAGCGAAAAGUAUGGAGAUGGGUACAGCAGGAUGGCAUACACAUGUUCAUUUUGCAAGUUUCGAUCAUUUGAAGAAAAAGAUAUUGUUGAACAUUUGGACAGCGAGACCCACCAGGCAACAUUAGAUCACAUUCAGAAGCAGACAAAGUUUGAGAAGGUUGUGAUGGAGUUUUUACAUGCUUGUAUGGUGAAUAAAUAUAAGAAGACUUCUUUGCGAAAAGUACAAGCACAAACUCCCCAGAAUGAAGAUGGAAAGCCACAAGAAAAGGAUGUGAUGGAAGGUGUUACACCAGAAGACCAUAUGAUAAAAGUGGAUACUGUGCAUUGUAGUCCAUGCAAUGCCUACAUUCCAGCACUGCCAAGUUCUGUGCAGCAACAUUUGAGGUCCGCGGACCACACUAAGAAUAAGCGUGAAUACAAAGAACAAAUUAAGAGGGAAAGUGUUUUAACUGCUACAAGCAUUUUGAAUAACCCUAUUGUAAAAACACGUUUUGAAAUGUUUGCUAAGGGUGAGAAUCCAUUUGAAAAUCCAGAACAAACUGAGCAGCAAGCUGAUGGUGAAGCUCAGGCCGAUGCUGAUGGUGAAGGUGAGGCUGAAGAGGCUGAUGAGGCAUUGGAAGAAGGUGAUGGAGAAGAGGAUGAAGGGGGAGAGGCUGCAGCAAAUGAUGUUGACCAGUUUACAACAGAUGACGUUGACCAGAGUUUUGAAAACUGAACCAUUUUUUUUCAAAAUGUGAUUGUUCUUAGUAUCUUGCAGUUAAAACAUUUUUAUAAUGGGUGUCUCUUUUUGCAUGCAUUCGUUGUAGAAUUUUUUGCAAAAUUUACCAUCACUACUUAGCGGCAAUACACCUAUUGUGUACAUAUAUAAGGGGGCUAUUUAAUUUGAGCUAGUUUCUGUAUAUUUUCUAUUAAUGCCAUGAUUUUAAAUGUAAAACUGUUGUGCUGUAAAAUGAGUGUUCUGUAAAAUUUGGUUAUUUGCACCAGUACUCUGUGCCAUAUGAUUUUUUUUAAAUAUGUGACUAGUUAAGUUGAUAAUGCAGACCUGCUGUGUGAAACCGUUUGUGAGGUUAAAUGGAUAAUACGCGAGCCACUGUGAUAAAUGCUGUAACCUUUUUUCUAGGUGAACUUUAUACCAAUAAAACAUUUUUUUUAGAAA